AUGAGCGAGAGUACUCCCCUUUUCAACAAACCCAAUGCGACUGAUCAUCACAGAGAUGCAGAUGACUUGCUAGAAACCGCAGUCACUGACGCUUACGUCGGAUUCCUUGAUGAUGAUGAUGAAGAUGAUGAUGUAGAUGAUGAGGUUCUUUGGAUCCGUGAACAAAGAGAACAGAAUAAGACUUUGCCAUGGAUGAAAAGACCAUCCGUCUGGAUGAUCUGUUUAUGUACUUUCCUAGGUUCCAUGGCAACAUCUGCUGCUGAACCUACUAGAACUGGAAUGAUUUUCAAAUUAAGUUGUAACUACUUGAUGGAUAAAAAUAAGUCCUCAACUUGCAACCCUGAAGAAACCCAAGUGUUGGUAUCUAAUCUUAGUCUUGCAACUACACUCAGUAUGGGUUUAGUAACCAUGAUAGUUUCUGGUAAAGUCGGUACCCUCUCCGACAUUUACGGAAGAAAGUUGUUUGUGAGUGUAAUUAUUGGAUCUAUGAUUCUUGGUAAAACCAUUUUAUUCUUUACCCUUCAUCAUUUCAACACUUUACCUUUCUAUAGUAUUAUUACUGGGGACUUGGUUGCCUCACUUGGUGGCGGUAUCAUCACCUUGAUUGCGUUGACAAAUAGUUACAUAUCCGAUGUUGUUGAAGCUCACGAAAGGAUUUAUUCUCUUGGGUUGAGUAUCGCAAGUUUAUACAUUGGUUUGUCAAUAGGUCCAAUGGUUGGUAACUUAUUAUUGACAGUGCCUAAGAGAUUUCUUGACAAGCCACAUCUGUCUCCCGACAUUAGUGAAAUGAAGGAAAUUUAUACUUCUUCUUUGAAAGUGAUCUCUUCUACUGAAUUUAUCCCAUUGAGAUUUGAAAUUGGUUUACUAGCCAUUGUGUUCAUCUACUGUGUAUUCGUCUUACCAGAAUCAAGAUCUGAAAAGGCUAGGCAUAGAUCAAGAACUUUGAGUAGAGUUCUGAUGAGUGACAUCAGACAAUUCAGAGAAGAAGAAGGCAAUGACUGCAACCGCUCUCCUUUCGACCAAGUAGAACAAGACUCGAACUGUAGGAAUACAGUAUUUGGAGCCUUAUUCAAAGUCCUCGAUUUCUUUAGGCCAUUGUUGUUGUUGACUUUACCUGCUGAUGCCGUAAACCCAAAUAGAAGAUAUAGAAUUAAGAAGGAUAGAUUGGCCGUCAUUAUUUUGGUUAUAAUUGACUGCGUUAAUUUUGGAUUCAGUACGGCCGUUGGAAAUAUUACCGUAUUGUACGGAUUGUACAAAUUCAAUUGGACAUCAAUUGAUAUUGGGCACUUUAUGACUAUUGCCUGUUCAUCCAGAGCAAUUGUGUUGAUCAUUUUAUCUCCAAUGAUAACUCAUACCCUUUUCCAUAAAAAAUUGCAAUUUAAGAUCUUCAAGAGGCAAUUCGAUAUGGUCGACUUUAGUAUUUCCGUUUUAGGGUUUUCUGUUGAAUUCCUUGGUUUUGUAUUACUUUACUUUGCCAGAUCUUCAGCAGCAUUAUUCGUCGUGUUUGCUCUCCAGAGUAUCGGUAGUUUAACUGGCCCAACUCUUAAUUCGGCCAUCAUUAAACACUAUCCCGAAUCUAAAGUUGGUGCGUACUUUGGAGCCAUCUCAAUUUUGAAGAAUGCCUUGUCAUUGCUAAGUCCAUUGAUUUUUGUUUCCUUCUAUAAGAUGUCAAUUACUGAAUGGCACCAACCACAGCUAGUGUUUGCCUUGCUUGCCCUCAUUUCAUUCAUUUUCCUUUGUUUGUUAAUUAUUUUGAAAAGAUUAUUAAAUCUUGAUUCAAAUACUACGGAGGAUUUGCUUUUAAGAAGUCAAUCUAUUUCUAACUCCAGAAGAACGAGUUUUUCCUCUGAAACGAGUGAUUCCUCUUCCUUCAGAGAUUCAUUGAAUGCAUCCGUAUUUGAGUCGGACCCGGAGACAAGAUAUACUUCUCCAGUACCUGGCAGCAGCAGAGGAUUGAGCAGGGAGUUUGCAAGAAGUAACAGUUUCCUCAGCAACCAAGUAAAGUCCAACAAGGCCAACGCUAACUAA